ACUCACAUUUCGAUGUCAGUGUAUCUAGUCAUGCAUUAUAUAGAAAUGCUGCAUUUCAGACAAAUUCACACAUCAUUUUGGUACCAGUGUGACUCCGUAUCAAGUGAAAGGUUGGGCGGGGAGAUCUAGUUACCUCUAAGGCAAUUUUUUUUACGAGGCGUGAUAAUUUUGUUUAUAUUCAUGAUGAAAUCUGUUGCACUGAUCACGAUCGUUUGCCUUCUUCCAGCAAUAGUUGCAGUGUCUGUAGAUAAUAACAACGAGAAUAAAGAUGACUUACACCGGAUCGUUGAAAAGACCGUCCCGCCUUCUUACAAGAACGCUUACAACAUUUUGAUGAAAGCAAACGAAAUAAAAACAAGGUCUCACAAUACGAACGAAGGUCACGACUACCCUCAGAUUCCUCCGAUUCCUCCGAUAGAUCCACAGGUCAGGUUGGAAGUCUCCGAAAUUCUGGCAAAAACCAUCGAAGACAUCAAUGAUCGCCUUUAUAGCUUAGCCGAAAAUAUCAAAGUGCUAUCACAAAACCAACUCCUGUUUAACGCGAGGUUAUUUGCCAUAGAGGAUGCAAAUGAAAUGGCCAUUGUUCCAGCAGUGGAAGCCAUCCACAACCAUCAUCAACAAACAGACCAAGGCAGUCGACAUGGUGACGACAGAAACGGGGAUGAUAUGGAGGGAAACCUUAGCCUCAUUAAUGAACUCGUUGAUGUUGCAGUAGAUAGAAUUGAAGACGCUCAUUAUAUUGUUGUAGCAGAAUCAGGGGAAUCUCACGACGAGAGUUCACAAGCAACUUCAAUGCCACCUCAUACAUCAAGAAAUGUCAAUGGCGAUCAACAGCAACAGGCAAGUACAGCGCAACCACAUACAUCAACAAAUGUCAACGGCGAUCAUCAGCAACAGGCAAGUGCAUCGCAACCACAUACAUCAACAAAUGUCAAUGGCGAUCAACAGCAACAGGCAAGUACAAUGCAACCACAUACAUCAACAAAUGUCAACGGCGAUCAAAAGCAACAGGCAAGUACAAUGCAACCACAUACAUCAACAAAUGUCAAUGGCGAUCAUCAGCAACAGGCAAGUACAUCGCAACCACAUACAUCAACAAAUGUCAACGGCGAUCAUCAGCAACAGGCAAGUGCAUCGCAACCACAUACAUCAACAAAUGUCAAUGGCGAUCAUCAGCAACAGGCAAGUACAUUGCAACCACAUACAUCAACAAGUGUCAAAGGCGAUCAAAAGCAAGAUGCAACUACAAUGCCAUCGCAUACAUCAACAAAUGUCAAUGGCGAUCAACACCAACAACCAACUGCAAUGCCACCACAUGCCAACGUGGUCACAACCACAGCACAAUCGCAUGCUAACACAGAACAAGAAACCAGUGCAAUGCCACCACAAAGCAACGGUGACUCGCAGCAGUCUACUACUAACCACGCUAACGGAGUAGAAGUCCUCGAUGAAAAACGGAACUACCUCGGUGACCAUCGUCGGUAUUCUUUUCGUGGCUAUAAUCCUUUUAUUAGUGAUCGUCGUAGUAGCGUUCUCAGCAGGCUUCGUGAUGGUCUUCCUCUCAGACAAGUGUCCUACCAGGUACCGGUCAAACUCCGUAAAGGGGCAAGACUGGGUCAAACAUGGUACCCGAAGGAGUUUCAACACAGGAAUUAACCCACCAACCUAUUACUAUUAUGGAUUUUAAACUCUUCUGCAACCAUGAAUUAUUUCCCCAACAGCUCAAUCAGCAGGUAUAAUUUCGUUAUUACAUAAAAAAAAACAAUUUAAAAAUACAAAAUAAAACCAACUGCAAAGAUUUUAUUUGAAUUGGGUUAUGUUUGAGGUGUUAACAAUGAAAUUGAAAAAGUCAUUAAAAAAUAAAUGAUUUUAAACGAGUGUUUAGCAUCUAAUGCAAUACUUUGAAGAAAAAAGGAUAAUCGGACGUCUCUUUUAUAAAAUAUGAUUAUAAUCAAUGCAUAUAAUGCACUGCGUAUACAGACUUUUGGUUUGAUCAAAAAGAUGCACUGUAUAAUUUCUAGAAAGCAUUUUAUUAACAAAAAAAAAAUGACGAUCAUGCUCUCUCACUUCCAUUUACCCCAUCUACUUUAUCAAUGUCUCAUAUCCUAUAUAAAAAUUUUAUUCUUGGUUUGUGAGCCUUAUCCAAGUAAUUUCAUUGUAUUUUUUUCUUGCAUGUCGUGAAAUGUAGUGCACAAUAAAAAUAACUUACCUUAAUGUAACUUUUCAGUUGCGUAUUGUGGGUACUGGGUAGGUUGAAUGAUUGAUUGGUCGAUCGGUCUGUUAAUCGAUGGAUGGUUGAAGAUGUUGGUUGGUUGGUUGGUUGGUUGGUUGGUUGGUUGGUUGGUUGGUUGGUUGGUUGGUUGGUUGGUUGGUUGGUUGGUUGGUUGGUUGGUUGGUUGGUUGGUUGGUUGGUUGGUUGGUUGGUUGGUUGGUUGGUUGGUUGGUUGGUUGGUUGGUUGGUUGGUUGGUUGGUUGGUUGGUUGGUUGGUUGGUUGGUUGGUUGGUUGGUUGGUUGGUUGGUUGGUUGGUUGGUUGGUUGGUUGGUUGGUUGGUUGGUUGGUUGGUUGGUUGGUUGGUUGGCUGACUAUGUAUGAAAUAGACCCAUUACAUAACAUAUCUAUUUGGAAAUGUGAAGUUGUGAAGGAAAUGUGAAAGGUCAUGACAGGACGCAGCAGGGGCAGAGAGGCAGUUGCACAUUAGAAAGUUUCAACAACUAUUUUCAGUCUGAUGAUUAUUGCAGAUUCUCACAAAUAUCUGCACAGAAUGUGUAGUACGUAAUAAAUAAGAUUUUUGUUUGUAAGCAGCUCGGUAUCUAUGCUCCCUCAUCUUGAUAUGUUUAACCAUGGACCUACUACGGUUUAACAUAUCAAUCCCCUCCCCUUCCUCAAAAAUAUAUAUAUAUAUAUAUGCGGCCACAAUGAUCAUUAAAGAAGAUGGCUCCUUUAUCAACAUGUAUAUUAUGUUUGAUUAAAGGAUGGAGAUACUAGGAUCACUAUCGUAUCGGAAGUAUAAAAUUGAGAACUCGUGGGGAUGAUAAUGAUGACAUGGUAAUGACAAUGAUAAAAAAGCCUGCAAUACCCUUCAUUAUAAUAGGACGUUUAAACGAGGUGAACUGUUGAUUAAAGAUUGUGUUAAAUUCACUAUAUUAAAAAAAAGUUACUAAAAGCUGGGGAAAACAUCCGAAGGCUUUGGUCUUUUGUUCAUCUACGUUUAACGUUAAUUUUACACAUAAUAGCAGUCAUUCGACCAAAUAAUUCAAAUUCUGGUCACAAUAACACGAUUGAAAAGCAUCCAUGCUAAACGCUUUACAAAGUAAACGAGCUUUAUCGCUCAAGGGUUGAUGUAUGAUGGUGGUAGAUUUUAUUUUAACUUAAUAAAAUGGCAAACUAAAGUGAAAGUCAGUUCAACUGUAGCUUUUAUCACUGUGUUGUUGUUAUUUUUGUGAAGAGCGUGUGUAUAUCAUCUAUAGUCUGGGAAGAAGUGUCAUGAAAGACUGCGAGGGUGGCGAAUGACCAUCUUUGGCGCCUCUGGUAUUUUCUUGCAGUGGUCAGUGUUGUCCACGCGGCUUUGUCUCUGGCCUCGACCACUUCUAUUCUCAGCUUAGUCCCUUGCUACCAAUCUUUUGUCACUGGGUUGUAUAGUGGAGAGGGUAGGGUGACGCGAUGAGGGUGGCCGACCAGUAUUUCAAAGCCUCACGUUGGUAUGAAACCAUUGCAAACGACGGCUCCGAAACCUCUCUCGUCUGAGAAACAAAAAGCACAUUUUCCGCCCGACGGACGUAAACUAACGCCAUGACGUAACCAUCAGCAUUUUGGACAAAAGCUAUCGAAACAUGACGAAGUGUAGCAUUUCGAGAAAAUUCAUGUCUCUGAAAGCCAGCGAAUAAUUUCAUUCCAUUAAUGUUUUCUUUACAUAGAUAAAAAACCGCAUGACUUUUUUUCUCGGUACUAUAACUUGAUUGGAUGAAUUAAGUGUUAAGCUCAACAUUAUUACUCUGAUAUCGGGGCUUUUUUUCAUUUCUUGCCCCGCUGUUACACUGACUCCAAAUCGCUCCUUUAUUAUGAAAUUGAAUUAUUUUUUAUCAAAUCUAUUUUGAUUUUUUUUUACUUACUGUAUAUGAAUCAUCAAUAUUAAUCUACCACACACAAAGUUUGGUCUUGAACUAGACUCAACAGCAGGUCGUUCGCACAGUUGAUUACAUCGGAUUGUUUGGAAGAACAAGGAUGAACAGUAUGUGGAGACUUUUCUUCUAGAUCUUCAAAAAUCGCUGAUAAAUCUCUAAUAUUUCUUUGUCAUGCCACGUUUGUUUUGAUAACUUGGAUUUUGUGAGUGUAUUUUCCCUGACAAAACCAGUCGGUUUUUUCUAUUCUACUUUGAUGUAUUCGUUUGACGUUGGGAAGAUGAAUUCUAUGCUAGAUGGAUAUGGCGACUACCAGCAUAUAUCAUCUCGGUCUGCCUUUACAGAGAUCCAGCACCAGGCAGCAAUGCCUUAUCAUCACGCUACCGGGACGGGGGCGCCAUCCCACUACCCCCGUCCAAUGCCUUACGGUGCAGCGACAAGAAGACCCAUGACGAACUCUAGCGCUGCCGACACCCACCCGUCUCUGAGUGGGAUGGGUCCGAUGGGUCAGACAAGACAUUACGGCUAUCAUUUCAUGAACUCUCCUAUCGCCGGACAUCCUCCAAUAUACGAUCAUCCUGAUCAAAUCACUUCAUUAUCAUCAAAAGAAGGUGAGAUACAUAUGUUACACUAGAUAUCCCCACCUGUCUUCAUCACGUCCUAUGUAAAUGUCAUCCUGUGAAAUUAAUUCAUUUUUUAUGGCGAACGAUAUAGCCUUUAAAAUAUCUUCUACAAAAAUAUUAACAGGCGAUUUUAUAUAUUCAGCUAGAUAAGAGGUAAUGUUAACUACCAUCAAUUUCCAUUCUGCUCAAAAUAUGUUCCUUUUUCUUCCUGAAAUAAACCCUAUAUACUCAUUAGUAAAUUUAUUACGAAAUUAUGACUUUAUCCAACCGAAUAUCUCUCCAUUAAACAUUAAUUUCGCCUGUCUUAAUAAUACACCUUUUCACAUAAAUAUAUUCCCAUUAGUAUUCGAUUCCAAUAAAAUACAAUUCUCUUUUUAACGUCACUAUAUAUUCUAGUGCUCAACAUGAGAAAAAUAUAUUCCAAAACAUAUGGCCCGUAUUCUGAAGUCAGGUUUAACUUAAGACUCCGGUCUAAUUCUGUGCUAAAAUUAUGGGGAGCCAAAAACUCAAAAAUGCUGGUUACAUUGUAUAUUUCGUAUGUUUACUAUUUUGUUUCCAUUUGUUUACAUAAUGAAGAAAAAUACUUUAGUUAUCAUUCCCAGCAGUUAUGAAUGAUUUGAGUGUCAUGUGAGUUAAUGAAUUGAAAUUGUACAAAUAGAGAUUUGUGCAACAAUUAGCUAUCCAUAGUUAAACCACAACUUUAAACCAGGGUUUAAUUUAGACCCGAGUUCAGAAUACGGGCCUAUAUAUGGGUUUAAGAAAUUAAAUCCUUAAGUAAAUAUUUUACAUCAUUACACACUUAAAAUGUUGGGUAAAAUACUGUGUAUUGUGUUUCGGUAAUGUAUGUAUAUAUAUUUCUAUUUCUGGGCAAUUAUUAUCCAGUUGAGCAAAUUUAGUACCCAAUUAUUAUUUUUAUUACCCAAUUUGGACAGAUUUUAACGAAAAGUUGUGUGGAAAGUAUGUUGCAAAGUGGUAGUUAAAAAUUGAGCCUUUUUUGUCCAACUUCUUAAGAGUGUACCAUUCUUUCUCUGUUGUUUUUUACCUUCUAUGAAGUAGGUGUCAAAACCACUGUAAUGGUUGUGACCAAUUGAAUCAUGCAAUAUCGGUCAUCAAUUGAGCUUACAACUACUCUUUAUUAGAUAUUCUAAACAUUUUGUAAUGAAAAAAUAUUUUUGAUCAUUCAAUUUAUGCAGUUUUGAAAAUACUUUUAUCUCUUUGCCUUCAGAAUAAAUAUAUUCCAAGAAAUAAUCCUUCAUACAUAUCCUAAUGACCAUUGUGGAUACAACAAAACGAAUGUUAGUGUCAAGUGUGCAAAAAUCGAGUACAUGAUUUUUUUUUACUUUGUAUUGUAUUGUUCUUUGAAUAUUACUCUAUACAUAUCUUGUUUUUAAAAUGGUUGAAUUUAAUAAAUGAAAUGAAAAUGAAAUCUGA